CAUAGGCUUCCAACUUCAUUAAGAACCCCUCAAAAUCCUCCAUUAUCUGUGCGCAAACAGCUCCAAAUCCAGCUUCUGGUUCUGAGUUCUCUUGCUCCCAAUGUUGCAGACUGUGCCGUCCCUUUCCAUAUUCGCCUGCGUCGACGGCGAUGGAGAUGGGGAGCAGAGGAUUCAGAACAGCGAGAACUUGGAGGCAGGAGAAGAUGGGCUCCAUAGAACCGUCACCAUCGGAGACGGCAUCGCUGACGCCGCCGGAGGCAGCGAUUUCAGCUUCGUAAGCGGAAACGGAAACAUGGAUUUGAUCAAGGAGGAGAAAGAAGAAGACGAAGAUAUAAGGCUUGAUUUGGUUCACAAUUUGGAUUCUAGACAAGAAGUUGAACCAGUCAGCCCUCCUAUGUACCUUGCGACAGGUCUCGGGAUAGACAGCGUUGAUUUUGGUAGCAGUCUCGAGCUGGUUCUGCCGAAAUUUGAUGGAGAUGAAGACAUGGAGGAGUAUUAUAAAAGGAUGGUUGAUGAUUUCCCAUGCCACCCAUUUUUCUUGAGGAAAUAUGCCCAAAUUUUGCAGUCCAAGGGAGAUCUAGAUGUUGCUGAGGAUUACUUCUUCCGAGCUACCUUAGCUGAUCCAGAUAGCACCGAAAUAUUGCUAGAGUAUGCACAGUUUGUAUGGGAGGUCCGUCAUGACUGCGAGAGAGCUCUCACCUACUUUGAGCGUGCAACUCAGGUUGCUCCUCAAGAUAGCAAUGUUCUGGCUGCAUAUGCUCGAUUCGUUUGGCAAGAAGAAAGUGAGAAUGAGGCAGAUGGGGGACAGGUUCCUCACAAGAAAAUUCGGGAUGGCUUAAAUAUUUCAAAUACUGGAGAAGGAAAGGAAAAUCAACUCUCAAAUCUUGCAGUUGACCCUGAGAAUGGCUUCAAAACAGAAGAAGAUUACAAGAGGUUGAUUGAGGAAAAUCCCCAGAACCCAUCAGUCCUGAGGAACUAUGCUCAGUUCCUUCAUCAGUCCAAGGGGGAUCACGAAGGAGCCGAGGUAAUGUACUCACGUGCUAUUGAAGCUGAUCCCACAAAUGGUGAAGCAUUAGUGAUGUACGCGAAAUUGGUUUGGCAACUUCAUCAUGAUUUUCAUAAAGCUUCAUGUUUCUUUGAGCGAGCAGUUGAAGCGAGCCCUCAAGAUAGUCAAAUCCUUGGAGCGUAUGCAAGUUUUGUUUGGGAGACGGACAAAGAUGAGGAAGAAGGGCAAGAUCAUGUCCAUGAGCUCCCUCCUCUCGAUGAAGCAAUUAGUACUGUGAUUACCUAGAUACAGAAUUCAGUUGUCUGUGCUACAUAUCAGAUGAACAAAAGUGUUCGAGCAAUUCGUUGGCUACUUGAUCAUGCUUGGGCAUUUAAGUGAGAAGGAUCACCUGCAGCUGCCCAGAUGUACACCUAGUGAAGAAACAGGAGUUGGUUUCCCCUCCAAUAUUAACUCGAUAGGAAUUGAAAAUAAUAUGUACCAGGUGUUUCACUUUCCGUACAACGAACUUCCUUGUGCCCAACUAGUGAUGCCUUCAAAUGGGCGCCUCGUGUAUAGUACUUUGUUGUUCAGACAUUGUAACUAAGGAAAAUCAACUGACAAGAAAUCGGAUUCUGUAUGUUUGAACUAUAGACAGCAUUUCGGAAAUUCCCACGAGAAGUAAAUUAGACACAGCAUA